AUGAUCCGUCUCUGUCAUCAGCUUUUCUUCAAGGAAAUUCAAACCGAGAAUUGUCUCAACUCGAUUCUCAAUCGAAUGGACUUUCUAGCGAAUGGCUCGGGCCGAAUUUGUCCUGGUGAUCAUCCAGUUGCCCGCAUUGACCAUAAUCCGAAUUUCUACUCGGAUUGCGGCUCCGUCGAAAUCAUGACCCAAAAGUACGCGGUUCCUCCAUUGAUUCUCUUCUGUAUCAUCGGAAAUCUUCUCAAUUUGAUGAUCUAUCGAUUAUCAUACUUUGAUGGAUCAUCUUCUGUUCAUUUCUUGAGAGCUAAAGCAAUUGCGAACUCGAUUUUUGUCGUUUCCCGAUUGUUUGAGGUAAUCCAUGCUUGGAGUACGGUGGCGAGCCCAUUUUGGGAACCAUUAUUCUGGAAUACGAGAGCUUACAUUGUGACGAUCUCAAACAUCAGCGGAACACUGUCAACAUGGUUAACCCUGAUGGUGACCGUGGAAACAGUGCUCUGUGUGAUGGUACCAUUCAUCUUUCGACAAUAUUGCACAAAGAAAAUGACCUUCACGGUGUUGGUCAUUGCCACAGCGAUUGCUUCGAUUCUACACUCACUCUUUCUCUUCAUCAGAACAUCCGUUCCCAUUGCAAAUCUCUCCUACGAUGGUCAAUCAGAAUGCUAUUAUGGAUACAUCUAUUACUCUCUUGAUCUACGCAGUCAAUCAUAUUUAACAUUGUGGAAGAUCUAUGUUAUUGCUCAAAUGGCUCUUGUCAUUGUCAUUCCAACCGUUGCGAUGCUUGUCUGUACAGUCAUUAUCGUCAAACAGUUCACUUUCAAGGAUCUCGGUGACGCUUUCUCACAACGAAGAAAGUGUGUGAUUCGUUUAACAGUGGCUACAACAAUGUCCCAUCUUUUACUGGAAGGACCCGCAACAUUGACACAUGCUGCUGCAGCGAUUGAUGGCAGUGAACAUCCGCAUAUGUGGUGUGUGUUGACGCACAUGAACAAUUUCCUCUCUCUCCUCAAUGCGACCAUCCCGUUUUUUGUCUUUUUUGUCUGCUCCGAGCAAUUCCGACAUAUGACGCAGAUGUACGUGAUGGCGAUCUUGCAUUGGAAAGAUAAGAGUCAAAAACACGCAUAUCUAUUGCAGGCUGGUAUGCGUCCGCGAGCUUUUCGCUCAACUGGAACAGGAACUGAGGUGACAAUGGCUGAGACGCAUCUACUCUCGAAAGUCUCACAUGUUAACAGUAUGAGUAGUGUU